UCGCUAGAGAGCGCUUUCCGUGUUAGCUACGUGUCUUUGCGCAGCUCCGUGAGCCGCAGAUCACGCACGGGUUAUAUCGUCGUGUACGACGUCACGUAACUGCGCAAUCGUGCCUCGCACGUCCUUCCAGCCCCCGGUGGGCCACGCGCGUGCCUUGACAGUCGCGUUUGUUUGGCGGGAAACGACGAGGCGUGCUCUUAUUAUCCGUGCUUAUUUACGCGCGGUGUCAGAGGCGAGCUCGGUUGGCGAGUACGGUUGGACUCCCCCACCGCCGAUCGGCAUAUUGCUGCGGGCCGUGUGCAAUAACAUUUUUCUAUGGAAUUUCCUCGCGCCAAGACUACUGACUGCGUUAUCGCGUUUCGGCUGUGAGUGGCAGUGUCUCGUGCGGGAGUGCGAGACGCGGAGAACGAGAGAGAAAGAGGAAGAAGGAAAGAGAGAGAGGGACAGAGAUAGACAGAUCGGCUCGCGUCACGGACGAUCGCCACGAUAGACGACGAAAUUCGCGCGGGAUACGUCGUAACACGCUCUCUCGCCGUCGCUCGGAUACUCACGCGCAAGUGCGGCCGCGCGACGUUGCCAGAUCGUCGACCGGAGGCUACGCCGAAGGAGAAUCGUCUUGCGUGUUGCGCGACUUGUGAGGAGAGUGAACCGCGGGAUACGAGAUAGUGUUGGACCGUAAGCGGGGUAUUUUGGAGCUUCUCCACGGUGGCCUUGACUGUUCGGGACAGCCCGGUGCGGUGCAGCGGAAUCGCCUCUCGCGCGCGCGAGGCGGAGUUUGUUUUCGCCGCCGCGCUAUCUUUGUCUGGCACAUAGUAACCGUGUGUGUGUCCCCGCCACCCUUCCCCGUGUUGCCAAGCGCGGCUGCUGUUUGCCGUGCACGCGUCGCCCUAUGAUCCACGCUUCCCCGGGCGGGGUACGUGCCGAGGAUCAUCAUCGUCGUUGCCUAUCGCGACGAGCGUCACCGUCGGGGGACGUCGCGCGACCAUCACGCCGGCGAGGACGCGGAUCUGAGGGAGAAGAGAAGCGGCGCCUUGGUCAACGCUCGGCGGCGGCGGCGGCAGCAGCGCGGCCAUUAUUCGAAAUUCGGUGGGUCGCGCCACGAAUCGCGGCGUUGCCACGUUCCCGUCCGCGGUGCGUAGCCGCGAUUAUUUCAACGUCCCACGACGACGGGGCCGUGGCGGCGGCAGCGGGGACGCGAUUCCUGGAAGGAGUCAUCAUCGUUCCCGCGUCACGGCCAAUGCUAGAAGAAGCGAUCUCUUAUCUCGCGUAGCGCGUGUCACAACUCUCUCGAUAGUGCAGUGAGUGAAGGGAGGGGAGUGAGAGAGAACGAGAAAGAGAGAAAGCAAGGACGGAAGAAGAAUAGGAAGAGAGAAAGACAGCGGGUGCUUGUUCCUUAUCUGUCAAUUUUUCGCGCCCACGGACUUUUUCGGUGCUGUUCGUUUACUGGAAACGGCGCGUAAACGUUUGCCGUUGUGCUGCGGAACGCGGCGGCGAUAGAGCGCGACGAAAUAUGAGCGCACGAGUGCUGAACCCGGCGAUGAUGACGGAAAUAAGCAGGAACCUAGGCGGCGGCAGCGGUAGCGGAGGCGGAGGCGGACGAGCGGCGCCGAGCAGGGCCGCGCUCGCCCGCGUGCGACGCGAUCUCUUCGGGCCGGUGGACCACGCGGCGGCUCGGGCGCUCGCCGAGCGCGAAUUGCGGGCCCAAUCGUUGCUCGAUGCCGAUCGAUGGGGCUUCAACUUUCAGCUGGGUGUCCCGCGAUCGAACUCGCGUUACGAGUGGGAGCCGUUGACGGAGCACGACAUCGUGCCCGAGCCCUACGCCCUGCGCGGCAUGCCGUAUCUGAGGAAACACGCGCCCGGCACCCCGCGCAAGCUGCGCUUCGACGAGACGGCGUCGACCACCACCGCCUCCUCCUCGACGUCCCCGUCGUCACCGUCCACGGCGGCGGCAGCGACGACGACGACGACGACGAUGACAGCGACGACGUCGUUGACAGCGAUGAUGACCACGAUGACCGCGAUGACGAGCGCGAGGAUCGCCGAGCAAAUGGAGACCGUCGUCGCCACGCCGACGGCCGAGAGGACGCCGCCGCAGGAGCCGCGAGUGCCCGAGAUCGGCGAAGCCACGACGCCCAAUCAACUCCUGGACGCGGAGCCUAAGAGGAAGAGAUGCGCGAUAGAGCCGUCCACCCCCGUCCUGCCCCAUGCGGCGAGGAAACAGUCCACGAUCACCGAUUACAUGAAGAGUCGUAAGCGCGGCCUAAAUGGCACAAAGAGCAUGAUAGAGCCACCGGAGAAGAUCGCUCGCAACGCGGGUCAGAUACGCAGCUAAAAAGCCUUCAACUUUCUUAUUCGAACUUCGUCUUCUUCCACCACGUUCGUAUACAACGCGAGACAGUACUGGAAGUGGGAAACUGCAACCGGCGUGUGGAAUAACGGGGAAAGAAGAAGGCAGGGACUCGGACAGGAGGCGCGAGGUCCGCGUUGGCUGUGCCAUUCAAUAUAGUUUUAUCUGUCAUGAGCACAGGCGAAACAGACGGAAAUGGAUGAAUAAAAAGAAGAGAAAAAAUGAAAAAAGUCUAUUAGAAACGGGAAAGUAACGCCGUUCUCCAUCACGUGUAUCUUCGUCUGUAAUACCGCGUAUAGCUUUGUAAUACCGCGAGGAUUAUGAGAAUAGUAGCAACAAUCAAGAAAGGGCAAUGAGACGUAUAAGAUAGAGAAACGAAAAGAAAACGGAAGACGCUUGGUGGGGAAGAAGAGAGAGAGAAAGAGAAUAUGACUCUCGUCGCUAUUUUUUUAUAAUACGUGUCACAUUUUUUUCUGUAUUAGAAUAUAGAGUAAGUAAUACUAAGGAAGAUAUAAAAAUUAGAUUGUAGAUAAAGUAAUAUGAUUUGUGUCCAAAUUAAUUAAUGUAAUAUAUUCUUUGUUUGUUUCUGAAAACGUUCGUAGAAAAAUGUUUAAACAAUGUCGUUACACAAACACGUUAUAUGAGAGAAAUAGAAUGUGUGUGUGUGAGUGAGUGUGAGAGUGAGAAAGAGAGGGAGGGAGGGAGAGAGAGAAGCUAAGAAAUACAUGCAAGUUUAUAUAGGCUAUUCUCAUAGGAAUUAGUUGAUUAGAUACUAAGAUAUAGAACAGAGUAUAUCGCGUGUAUUCAUUGGAUCUAAUUGAAGGGGAUGCUUGAGCUGGUCCAUGGAAUUUCGGUACUUGCGAUUGCUGCGUUCUAACCCGGUGAUGAAAUUCUAUCGCUGUGAAGAUAUUAAAAUUCUAUUUGAAAAUAGUCUUGUGGCGGAUAUCGCGCCAGUUUCGACGCCGGGUCUUUGAAACGUGCGCGAUAUUUCAAAGCGAUUUCGAAUUUCCAAAUUAAAAAGUUUUAGAAGCCUUUAUUUGGAAUUCUCAAAUCGAAUGUUUUUCAGUUUUUGUGAAAAUCUGAAGAAGAAAAGUGCAAAAGAGCGGUUGCGAUUCCGUGGCCAGAAUGCGACCAGCUUUAAGGAAGAAAAGAUAUAUGAUUUAGCUGUAGUUCGUUACCCAAGUUUAAGCAUUGAUCUCCUGUACGAUUUUAAGGAAGUACAGCCGAUGCCAAAUCACCCCGUGAUUUUUUCUUCUCUACCUAUUAAAUACAGAAAAAAAAGAAGAUCCGUCAUUUCCUUUCUCCCUUUUCCCCUUUGUCCCCAUAUCGCAUUUAUUUCCGGCAGAUAAUGCGAGAGGCACAUAAUCGUCGUAAUCGUCACAGUUUUUAUGGAAAAACAUAAGUUUGAUAUUUCCUCUUUCAUACAAUUCUCAUUUCUUUUACGUUGCGAAUUAAAAUAGCGAACUUUUUUUUAACAUUUUAACGUGACUUUCGAUUAAAAAUUGGAUUCUUCGGUUUCGCCACAAUAUUCUCUUGAAAAUUUAUUUAGACACUGCUUUAACUAUUCUAUAAUUUUCCGCGUUUCAAUUGAUUCAGACAAAUGUAACAGCUUACAUAAAAAUCUAUGACUUUGAACUACGAUUGAUUAAACGUAAAGCUAGUAGAAAGCUUUUUAGAGAUUUAACCUAAUCUAAUCUUGAAAAAAGAAAACAUACUCGAUGAUUCUGGUAUAAUAUCUUCGUCAAGAAUGUUGAAUUAAUCACAAUGGCAUUAACCUUUUGUCAGUCACAUAAUAUAUCUAUUAUCUCAAGAGGAAAUGAAUUUCUUUCAUGAUGAUAUAUAAAUUAAAAAGAAAACAAGUUGUGUGCGCCAGAAACCAAACUUCUAGCUUAUCUAACAAGAGGUUAAUAGCUUGCAAAUUUUUAUUUUCGUAAUUGAUAAUUACGAAGAGAAGCAUCAUUUCCUUUAGGACAGGCAUCAUUGAGACCAAGAAUAAAGCAUUUCACAGUGUGGAAGGAUUCCAGUGCAAAUAGCGAAGCGAGCGUUUAUUUCGUUCGUCGACAACGAAUUUAUGAAGCAUAAAAUAUUAGUGUACUCUAUCUAAUUGUAUAUUAAUUGACUUUUAUAAUGGUAGCUGUUUAUCAUACGCGACUUUUUGUUUGUUAACGCCCCUUUAACGCGAUCUUCGUCAAAUAUCCUAUCGUAUCUUGCUAUUCCUGAUACUUUUUCCUGUUCGCCAUUUCCUUUUUGAGAUUAUAACCCAAAAAUACGACUGGUGGUUACAAGCUAUUUUUUUCAAAACCCGCCCGUAACAUCGAGCAUGUGGGAGAGAAGCGUCGAAAAAAAAAUGCAAACAAUAAAUCAAGAUUAAAGUGCGCAUUGAUAACAAUGUUCGUUUUCUUCCGCGCGGAACAGAAAAUUCAGAGUUUCACCAAAUUCACGAAAUAGCAGUUGGAUCAGUUGAAAAAUAACUAUCAUUGAUUAUUAUGUUUGCGGCAGAUGCGGCACCUCGCGAUUUCGGCAUUAAUGCAGCAAGUCAUUGGAAGAAAAUCAAGUGAAUUUAAUCUGGCGAUGUUACUGUGGCGUACAUCUUUCUGACAAUUUUUCUCGAUAAGAAAGCAGGAUCGUGAUACGUUUCAAGUUCUAGUAAAAAGAUUAUUUACCAUCUUUAGUGACAUAUUGCGAAAUUAAAUAAAAAUAGUGCUUUAUACUCUACGGUGUCACCGCUGGAUUAAAAAAAAAAAAAAAAAAAACGACUUAGGAAUCUUGGAAUCUCGUAAGAUCUGAGAGAGUCGAGACGCGUGGUGCCUGUCGUGAAGAAAACUAAAAAAAUAGCAAAGAGAGAAAAAUCUAAUGUUUAUGUAACCCUGUGAUGUAUUAGUAUGAUCUCAGUAAACAUAACUUAGCGUGUACUUCUUAUCUAUAAUAAUUAGAUUAUGUAUGUAUAUGCGAUAGAAAUUGUGACAGACAUUUGAAAAUUGUCGUGUCGUAGAGUAUAAAAAUAUAUAGAAAUCACGAAUUAGAUCGACGAUUCCCGAUAUUUGUGUACGUGUGAUAUAUGCAUGAGAGUGUGUGUACGUGCGUGCUGCAGAAUGAAGGAUGAAAGAGAAAGAUAAAACAGAGAGAGGCCACCUAGUGAAUCAUGCCUCACUUUCAGUCGACACUUAUUCGCGAUAUAAAAUUAUAUAUGUGUAACGACAAUAUUAUAUUAUGUAUAAUUAUAUAUAAAAAAAAAACUGUAACUAUAAGAGAGUCUAAAAAACUAACUAACUAACAUAAGUGAAUUGUGACCCCAAUUGUUUAUUAAAAAAAAAAGAUCUAUCUAUA